CUCUCUCUCUCUCCCCGUCUCCCCGCUCCUUUCCCAAAUCUGACCGCAGCCGCACGACGCACCUACCCAACCCAGAGCAGCAGCAGCAGCCGCCGAGACCUAGCCCGACCCGGCCCCUCGCGCGCCCGGGAAGCCGGCCUCCGCCGCGCCGCGCCGUGGCCGCCGGGCACCUCCCGGUAGGGGGCGGCGCCUCGUCUCUUUGAUGCGCCGUGAAGGAAUUGGGAGCAAGAAGCCGUGAUGUUUACUCCGCAGGGGAAAGGAUGGAACGGCUGGUCCACGCCGUCUCCAGGAAACCAGCGGGCCGGUGGUGGCGCUCCGCCCGCAUCUGCGCCCCUUGGCAAGGCCAAAGGGACUUCACAGAGAGCUGCCGAGCUCGAGCAGGAGUUACAUGAAUAUCAGUACAAUAUGGGUCUGCUCUUGAUUGAGAAAAAAGAGUGGGCAGCUAAAUUUGACGAAGUCACCCAAGUGCUGACACAAAAAGAGGAGAUCUUAAAGCGGGAACAAGCUGCACAUUUGAAUGCUAUUUCAGAAUAUGAAAGGCGAGAAGAAAACAUGAGGAAAUCACUGGGUGUUGAGAAACAAUGUGUAGCUGAUCUUGAAAAGGCACUACGUGAAAUUCGAUCAGAGAUAGCUGAGGUUAAGUUCACGUCUCAGAAAAAGGUAGCUGAUGCUCAAUCUCUCGAGGCUAAUUUGGAGGAAAAAUCUUUGGAGAUCGAGGGGAAGCUUCAUGCCGCAGAUGCGAAGCUUGCGGAGGCAAACCGUAAGAAGUCACAAGCUGACAGAGAUUUAGAGGAGGCAGAAGCUCGGCAACGUAGGUUGGAGAAGGAGAAGCUAUAUUUUGAGACCGAGAGGAAGGCCCGAGAGAAGCAACUCAAGGAGCAGGAGGAAUCUCUGCAGGACUGGGAGAAGAAGCUUAAAGAAAGUCAGAACAGACUCGUUGAUUUGCAGAGAUCUGUAAAUGACAGAGAGGAGAGAGCAAAUGAGAAUGACAAACUUUGUAAGAUAAAACAGGAAGAAUUGGAGGAGGCAAAAAAGACAGUGGAGUCAACUAAAAUCAUUUUGAAAACAAAGGAGGAGGAUAUUGCCAAAAGGCUGAAUGAAUUACGCUCACAAGAAAAGGAUGCUGACUCAAAGCACAAGACUUUGGAAAAAAGGGAGAAAAAGUUAUCUGAGAGGGAAGAAAAAGCUAGUACAAGAGAAAAAAUGGGGCUUCAGAAGCUUAUCAAGGAUCACGAGGUGAAGCUUGAAGCAAAAAGACGAGAUUUUGAAUUAGAGCUGGAGAGUGAGAGGAAAUCCUUUGAGGAAAAGCUGAAACAUAGGGAAGCUGAUUUGGUAAAGAAGGAAAAAGAUCUCAGUUCUCGUGAGAACAUAAUAUCUAAAAGGGAGCAAGCAUUAAAUGAAAGCAUGAAAAGGCUGGAAGAUUUGCAGAUUGACCAUGAUACUAAGUCGAAAGCUCUGAAGAAGUGGGAGGAGUCACUGAAGACUGAGAAGGAUAGCUUAUCCGAAGAAAAGCUGCAAGUGGACAAUGAACGAAAACAGGCUGAGAUGUACAGAUCAGAUAUUGAAAGGCUGAAAGCCACAAUUGAAGCUGAAAAGAAGAAAAUUUUAGAAGAACAAAACAAUUUGAAACUUACAGAGGAAGAGAGACAAGAGCACAGCAUGCUGACAGCACAACUGAAGAAGGAGAUUGAUGAGUAUAGAAUGCGAAGCAAUUCCCUCUCGGAGGAAACUGAAGAUUUGAGGAAGCAGCGGCAGAAAUUCGAAGAAGAGUGGGAGCAGCUUGAUGAAAAAAGAGCUCAUUUAGAAGAGGAGGCAAAGGUGCUCAAGAAUGAUAAAACAAAUCUAGGAAAGUGGCGUCACAAUGAAGAGAAGAGAUUCAAGGAUACACAGGAUGAAAUGGAUGCAAAAUACAAGGAGCAGCAGGAUAGUCUUGCACUCAAGGAAAAAGCUUUAUUGGAUGAUAUAAAACACCAGCGUGAGGAGAUUGAUGAAUUUCUGAAGAGAGAACGUGCUGAUCUUCAGCGUAAUUUGCAGCUCCAUAGACAUGAACUGGAGAUGGAGAUGGCGAAUAAACUAGCAAUUAAGCAGAAGGAACUGGAACAGAAGGAGGAUGAGUUAAAUAAGAGAAGGGAUUUUGUAGAAAAUGAACUAAGGCAUGCUAUUGAUUUGAACGAGUCCAAGAUUCAAAAGAUAACAUUGGAGAAAGAACAGCUGCUGAGGGAAAAAGAAGUUCUAGAGGAGGAGAAGCAAAAAUUGGAAACUGACAAGGCAGACAUUAGAAGAGACAUUGAUAGUCUUCAUGCACUCAGCAAGAGUCUGAAGGAUCGCCGAGAAGCAUACAACAGGGACAGGAAUAACCUCAUUGAUAUGUUUGAAAAGUACAAGGUGUGCAAAAGCUGUGGGGUUUCUGUUUUUGAGGGCUUUGGUGAUCUAUCUCUCAAGGAUGAUGCUGAUAUUGACCACCCAAGUUUGGCUGUUGAGGGAGAUGGUCGUUCCCCGAACACUGAUAAUUUGGCUCAAGACACAGGAACACUUGUUAAUUCAGCUGGUCGUUUCUCACUGUUGAAGAAGUGUUCAAGGCUUUUCAAGUUCUCUCCUAGGACAAAGGCCGAGCAGUCAUCGGACCAGGAAGCAGAAAUUAACAUUCCUUUUGGUGCGAGAUUAGAGGAAGCAUCACCGAGUGAAGCAGAUUAUGAGCCAACUCCUGUCUAUCAGGCAGCAAAUAAUUCUUUUGAUGCUGAGGGUCUCCCUUCUGACAGUGGAGCAAGGGGGAAUGUAGAAUUCGAAAGGCUUGAUAUAGCUGAUGAUAUCCAAAUCGAGUCUUCUGUUGGAGUUGCAGAUAAUUGUAUAGAUGUUCAUGGAACUCAGCCAUUUGCUGGUGCUAAUGACAUGGCAGUUGACACAACAAUUGCCUCUGUGGACCAAAAUGGAAAGGACUCAACGGCUGCCCCUGAAGUUGAAUUGCAACCUGAAACAUCAAAGCCUCCGAAACGGAAGGGUAAACCAAGAAGGACAAAGUCGGUUCGUGCAGUGCUUGAAGAUGCUAAAGUAGUACUUGGUGGGAAUUUUGAUGAAAAGAAUGAUGAUCAGGAAGAUUCAGUUACUGUUGGUGGUACACGGAAGAGGCGCUUUGCUGGACCAGAGAUCAGUGAGGAAGAUGAAGAAGUUAGUGAAGCACAAUCUGAAAGUGUUUCAGUUGGCGGGCAGCCUCGUAAGAGGAGGCAGCCAUCUGGCCCGUUGAUGCAAACCACAGGUGAAAAACGCUACAAUUUGAGACGCACUACAGUUGCAAAUGCCACAGCAGCAGCCCCUCCACGGGAGAAGAAGAAAGCUGUGAGGAGAGGAAAAAAGCAGACGGUAGAAACUACCGCUGAUGACACGGAAGGAACCUCUAAAGCUGCUGAUAGCAAGAGGACGGGCCCCUCUGAAUCAGCUGAUGGUGCAUCCCAGUUGCAAGAGUUCUCCCAGGCUGAAACUGUUGAUGCCCAUGCUACUGCCGGUGAGGAGUAUGGUGAUAUUGUUGUGGAUGGUGAACAAGGUGAAGAUGCGAUGCCCAUGACACCAUCAGGAAGUGAGCGUGGGGGCGUUGAAGAUGACGACGAGGAUGAUGAUGAUGAUGAUUCAGAGAGGCGAAACAAAUCGAUUGGGAAAACGCUAUGGUCUUUCUUCACGACAUAACAAGAGGAAGAAUAAUAAUUGCAUCUGAUUAGGUUGUUUCUAGCGUUUCUUGUUUUGAAUUGACGAUUCUUGGAAAUCUAGGUUGGUGUGUUUGGUGAUGAUGUAUCAGUAGAUUUUUCUUGCACUCAUUAUGUCAAAGCGUCAUGUAAUUGAGAAUGAGUAUAUCUUGUAGUAGACAGUCAAGUCAGUCAGACAUAGUUUGAUGGAUGGCGCUCACAGAAUUUAGGUGAUGCCCAUGUACUCUACUCAUAUUAUGGCAGCGAUGCCUGUAACAGUCGAGAGUUGUUGAGGUUUGUAA